UGGCACCCUGGGUGGAUGCCCAAAGACUCCGCCUUCCCAGGAGCCCCUGCGGCAGCGCGAAGAUGGCGGCGGCGGCGGCCGGACGCCUCUAAAGCAGCAGCUAUGGAGCCUUCCCCCGCACCGGGGCCGGAGCGGCUCUUUGACUCGCACCGGCUCCCGGGUGACGGCUUCCUGCUCCUCGCGCUGCUCCUCUACGCUCCAGUCGGGUUCUGCCUCCUCGUCCUGCGCCUCUUUCUUGGGAUCCACGUCUUCUUGGUCAGCUGCGCGCUCCCAGACAGUGUCCUUCGCAGGUUCGUGGUGCGGACCAUGUGUGCAGUACUGGGGCUCGUGGCCCGGCAGGAGGAUUCCGGACUCCGGGAUCACCGUGUCAGGGUCCUCAUUUCCAACCACGUGACACCUUUUGACCACAACAUAGUCAACCUGCUCACCAGCUGUAGCACCCCUCUACUCAAUAGUCCCCCCAGCUUUGUGUGCUGGUCUCGGGGCUUCAUGGAGAUGGAUGGGCGAGGGGAGUUGGUGGAGUCACUCAAGAGAUUCUGUGCUUCCACGAGGCUUCCCCCCACUCCUCUGCUGCUAUUCCCCGAGGAAGAGGCCACCAAUGGCCGGGAGGGGCUCCUGCGCUUCAGUUCCUGGCCAUUUUCUAUCCAGGAUGUGGUACAGCCUCUCACCCUGAGAGUCCAGAGACCCCUCGUCUCUGUGACGGUGUCAGACGCCUCCUGGGUCUCAGAACUGCUGUGGUCACUUUUCGUCCCUUUCACAGUGUAUCAAGUAAGGUGGCUCCGUCCUGUUCAUCGCCAGCUGGGGGAGGGGAAUGAGGAGUUUGCCCUCCGUGUGCAACAGCUGUUGGCCAAAGAAUUGGGCCAGACGGGGACACGACUCACUCCAGCAGACAAAGCAGAGCACAUGAAGCGACAGAGACACCCCAGAUUGCGCCCCCAGUCAGCCCAGUCUUCCUUCCCUCCCUCCCCGGGCCCUUCUGAAGCACAGCUGGCAACUCUGGCUCAGAGAGUCAAGGAGGUUUUGCCCCAUGUGCCACUGGGCGUCAUCCAGAGAGACCUGGCCAGGACUGGCUGUGUAGACUUGACCAUCACUAAUCUGCUUGAGGGAGCCGUAGCUUUCAUGCCUGAAGACAUCACUGAGGGGACACAGCCCCUUCCCACAGCCUCCACCCCCAAGUUCCCCAGCUCUGGCCCGGCGACUCCUCAGCCCACAGCCCUAACAUUUGCCAAGUCCUCCUGGGCCCGGCAGGAGAGUCUACAGGAGCGCAAGCAGGCGCUGUAUGAAUACGCAAGAAGGAGAUUCACAGAGAAGCAGGCCCAGGAGGCUGACUGAGUACAGGAUGGCACCCAGAGCCGCAGGACGGAGACUGGGGGCAGCCCUCACCCAACUCACUACAGGCCGGAGGGGUGGGUGGUAAAAGGGGAGGGAUGGGGCUCCCCCCAAUAUCUCAUUAAAUUCAGGGUUUUCACUCAA